AGAAGAAGGAGGCACCGCACCCCGGGAGUGGGCUCUGAGCAGCAACCGGGCUCUGACUCCGGAGACAUGGGCCUCGAAAAGGAGAAGGCAGAUGCCCGCAUUUUCAUGGAUGAAGAUGAACUGAAUCACUCCACUGUCCCGAUGCUGACAGAAAAAACAUUCGACAACAGCCCCGACCGUGACCCCCACAAGCUGAACUCCCAUCUGAAGAUAGGCUUUGAGGAUGUGAUCGGAGAGCCAGAUACAACUCACAGCUUUGACAGGGUCUGGGUGUUCAGCACAGCUCUGUUUGAGAUCAGCAAAUACCUGAUCUACAAGGUCCUGAGUGUUCUGCUUGCCGUGCCGCUGGCAUUUGUAAUGGGAAUACUGUUCGCAGUGCUCAGCUGCCUACACAUUUGGAUUGUGAUGCCUUUUGUGAAGACCUGUAUGAUGAUGUUUCCUUCUGUACAGAUAAUAUGGAAGGGUGUGACAGAUAGCUUAAUUGCUCCCUUAUUUGCAAGCAUGGGACGUUGUCUUUCUAGUGUUAAUGUUCAGCUGGAUCGGGAUUAAGCCUUUGUACCCCACUGUGAUACUGACCGUCUCUGCCUUCUUGGUGCUGAAACACUCUGCUCCCUUGUGCACUAUGAUCAGAUAAUAUGAAGCUGCUCAUAGAAUACACUCUUAACACCAACUGUGUACAUAGUGCAUAAAACAGUAAGUUUUGUAGCUAAUGUAUAAGCUAUGCACAGUUAACCACCUGAUCAGUGGGAAUGUACUAAAAAGAGCAUAUGUCCAUUUAGCAAUAAAUGGAUGUACAGAAAUGUCACUAUUUCUUAUGGACUCCCAGUUAUCUGACUUUUAGGCACAGGAAUCGAUAAAUAUGUAUUAAGCUUUACAUUUAGUAUACUGAGUUUUUUCAGUGCUAUCUGGAUUAAAAUGAAGCCUAAAGAAAAAGGUAACUGCAAGGCAAGAGUUUCUCAGUUACAAUAUGUUACUGCUCAUAUCAUUAUGGAUGUCAGAACUGCAGCUUUCCCAUUGUUUGUCCCAUUGUUGUCUAAAGGUUGUAUUGGGAAAAUGGGGGGGUUGCAGUGCCACAAAAGCUAGAUACAAACCGGAAGUUCCAAGCUUGUUGUGUGGGGAAAAGGAGUUCCAAGCUUGUUGUGUUGGCCCCAUAAGAGUGAAAUGUUGAUGUGAAUGCUUAUUAGCUGUCUUGAACACGAGCAGCGGUUCUGUAAACAAACACUUGUAACAUAAGCCACGGGACCACAUUUUGGAUCACAAAAGAGCAUUUGAACCCAAAAGGUCUGAAAACCACUGUCUAAACUAAAUAAAUAGUUCCCCGGAAUCCUCAAUGGAAACCCUCUGCUAUGUUUUUGGACAGCCACAUCUGAUCAUUAUGCCACUGAAAACAAGUCUUGCUGUUGCCACUGGAUUCUACCAAUGACAUGCUACCUGCCUGCUGACCUAAACUAACUGGCAUUAAACUAAACCUUGAUAUCAAGUCUUUACAGAACUGCUGUAACAUAUGUUUGGAAUAAGUUCAGCCGGGAAACUUUUAGACAAUACCAACACUCAAAAUGAUAGCUUUUACAGAUCACAUAUUUAAUGUUUAUUUACUAAGGGCACAGUGUACAAAUCAUGUUAAUUAUAUAAGAGCAAUGCACUGAAAUAAUCUGUAGAGAUUAAAUAAAUAUUUUGAAA